CCCGCGCCGAGGGGACGUGCGGGGGUUCGGGGGGGAGAGGCGGGCCACACCAUCGCCACCGCCGCCGCGCAGCUGUAGCGCGGCCAUGUUAACCAGAAAACCCUCAGCUAGCGCCGCCGCUGGUGCUGCCUACCCAGCCGGCAGGGCAGGGGACAGCGGCCGCCCGCUGCAGCCUUCCCCGGGCACCGGAGCUGGGGUCUCCCGGGCAGGAGCUGGGACUGGCCCGCCGUCGCCCCUCUCAUUGCCGCCGCUCAGGGCCAGCAACGCCUCCCACACGGUUGGAGGCAGUAAGCACACAAUGAAUGAGCACCUCCAUGCUGGUAACCACGGACAAAUCCAGGUUCAGCAGCAGCUGUUUGAAGAUAAUAGUAACAAGAGGACAGUUCUGACAACACAGCCAAAUGGACUUACAACGUUAGGCAAAUCUGGAUUGCCAGUGGUUCAGGACAGACAGACAGAGAGUGCUCACAGACGACAAGGGAGCUCCAGCUCUAUAAAAUCAACAGAUGGAACAGGGAAGGUGAAAACCUCUGUUAUGACACCCGAGCAGGCAAUGAAGCAAUACAUGCAAAAAUUAACAGCUUUUGAGCACCAUGAGAUUUUUAGCUACCCUGAAAUAUACUUUUUGGGUCCAAAUGCAAAGAAGCGGCAAGGUGUGAUCGGUGGUUCCAACAACUGUGGGUAUGAUGAUGACCAAGGGUCUUAUAUACAAGUACCCCAUGAUCAUAUUGCAUACAGGUAUGAAGUCCUCAAAGUCAUAGGGAAAGGAAGCUUUGGGCAGGUGGUGAAGGCCUACGAUCACAAGAUGCAUCAGCACGUGGCACUAAAAAUGGUGAGAAACGAAAAACGUUUUCACCGCCAAGCUGCGGAAGAAAUAAAAAUCCUGGAGCAUCUCCAGAAACAAGAUAAAGAUAACAACAUGAAUGUUAUUCACAUGUUGGAAAACUUCACAUUCCGCAGCCAUAUCUGUAUGACAUUUGAAUUGCUGAGCAUGAACCUGUAUGAACUGAUAAAGAAAAACAAGUUUCAGGGCUUUAGCCUGCCUUUGGUCCGCAAGUUUGCCCACUCAAUUUUGCAGUGCUUGGAUGCUUUGCACAAGAACAGAAUCAUUCACUGUGACCUUAAACCUGAGAACAUUCUGUUGAAGCAACAGGGUAGAAGUGGUAUUAAAGUGAUUGAUUUUGGCUCAAGUUGUUACGAGCAUCAGCGUGUCUACACUUACAUUCAGUCACGUUUUUACCGUGCACCUGAAGUCAUCCUUGGUGCUCGUUACGGGAUGCCCAUAGAUAUGUGGAGCUUGGGCUGCAUUCUAGCAGAGCUUCUUACUGGUUACCCGCUUUUACCUGGAGAGGAUGAAGGAGACCAGCUGGCUUGUAUGAUUGAGCUAUUGGGCAUGCCUUCUCCAAAACUCUUAGAUGCAUCCAAGCGAGCCAAAAACUUUGUGAGCUCCAAGGGUUAUCCUCGCUACUGCAGCAUCACAACCUUGUCUGAUGGCUCUGUAAUACUCAACGGUGGGCGCUCUCGGAGGGGAAAGCUACGUGGCCCACCAGAGAGCAGAGAAUGGGCUAAUGCAUUAAAGGGAUGUGAUGAUCCCCUCUUCCUUGACUUCUUAAAACAGUGUUUAGAAUGGGAUCCCGCUACCCGCAUGACACCCAGCCAGGCUUUGCGGCAUCCCUGGCUAAGGAGGAGGUUGCCAAAGCCUCCGACCGGGGAAAAGGCCUCGGCAAAGAGAAUCACAGAGAGCACUGGUGCUAUAACGUCGAUUUCCAAGUUACCUCCGACUUCAAGCUCAGCUUCAAAACUGAGGACUAAUUUGGCACAGAUGACAGACGCCAAUGGGAAUAUUCAGCAAAGAACAGUGUUGCCAAAACUCGUGAGCUGAGUUUGAAUAAACCCAAUGCUGUUAAUAAGAGAGAUACAAUGUGGCUGAGCCUUAUUUGUAUUAAAAAGUAGCUCAGAUAUACAUUUUUAUUUGCUCAAUGACUUUAUCCAUUUGUAUCUUUCAGCACUCAUUUUAAAUGUAAGAAAAGUUGAUUUUGUUUUUAUAAAAACAUGGGGACAAUGCUUUAAGUUUUUAUACUUAUUUUUUAAACUGUUUGUCUUCUACAGUACAAUUAGCCUUACUGUAACUAGUGUGACACAGUAAUAAACAUCAGUGGCAGGCCACUGGUUACAACAUGACUGUCAUGCAUUGCAGAGUGGUGUCAAAGGUAUGAAUCUUUCUCUUCCAUGGUUGAUGUUAGGUAUCCCCUGGGGUAAAUUUGUAAGGCUACCUUUUGGAUUUUAUGGGUAUGGGUCUUUAUUCUGCAAACACUCACACCUAUGCCUGAUUGAACUCCAGGGAGAAUACUCAAAGAAAACCAGUUAAGCAGCUGUAAACUUGCAUUUUGAAGUGGAGCCAUAACAUGUUCAUGUUACAUUGUCAUUUUCUGUUUUGUAGCCCAGAGAAAGCAGUGGUAUCACUAAUGAUACAGUCACCUUCUAUGAAAGGCUUUUAUUAAAGUGAGCAUUUACAUAUAAUG